GUCUUUGAAUGGAAUACGGCCGGCUGCUGUCAAUCAAUCAAGGAAAACAAAAAUCAAUAAAGCCUGUUUCGUUGUCGUUUAAUUUUUCUCGCAGCUUUUUCACAGGGUUUUAAAAAUUUGUCGUUCAAUAUUUUCAGAACUGUGAAAAUGAAGCGGCAAAACGUUCGUACACUCUCCCUUGUUGUGUGUACUUUUACGUACUUGUUGAUUGGUGCUGCGGUCUUCGAUGCCCUAGAAUCUGAUACCGAACGGAAAAGAUGGGAAGUCUUAUCCGAUAUGAAGAAUAGUCUAGUGCGGAAGUACAACAUAACUCCUGAAGAUUACCACAUGAUUGAAAUUGUAAUUAUUGAGAAUAAACCUCACAAAGCGGGACCACAGUGGAAAUUUGCAGGGGCUUUUUAUUUUGCUACCGUUGUACUUGCAAUGAUUGGCUAUGGGCACUCAACACCAGUUACUGUUGGUGGAAAGGCAUUCUGUAUGGCAUAUGCUAUGGUGGGUAUCCCAUUAGGAUUGGUGAUGUUCCAAAGUAUAGGUGAGAGACUCAACAAGUUUGCCUCAGUGGUGAUAAGACGAGCCAAGUGCUAUCUACGUUGUUUGACUACAGAGGCCACAGAAAUGAACCUCAUGUUUGCUACUGGAAUGCUGUCUUCUAUUAUUAUAACUACGGGAGCUGCGGUUUUCUCACGUUACGAAGGUUGGAGUUACUUUGAUAGUUUCUACUACUGCUUUGUAACACUUACUACUAUUGGAUUUGGGGACUAUGUUGCUCUGCAAAAUGAUCAAGCUCUGACCAGCAAGCCUGGCUAUGUGGCUCUCAGUCUUGUGUUCAUAUUGUUUGGACUAGCAGUGGUUGCUGCGAGUAUUAAUUUACUUGUGCUACGUUUUAUGACUAUGCAAGCUGAGGAGAAUAUUCGUGACGAGGACAAAGAUGGUUCCCGCACCAUGUUGCCUAUCGACGGCCAUGCCAUCGCAAUUCGGCAGCGCUCUCAUGAAGACCAGGCUUCCGUGUGCUCGUGCAACUGCCUGGGCAAUAAGCAGUGCGAGAGUGGUGCACUGCUGGUUGAGCGAGCCCCGCGCGCGCUGCGACGUCGCGCUUCUCUUGCAUUCACACCCGAUCUUAUUGAGCGCGCCAGUGUAUAG